CAGACUUUGUAGACACAAAACACAAGAUAUUUUUAUAUGAUCUCUGCAACCAAACUCGUAUUGUUGAAUCACAAACCCAUCAUCACCAAUUCUCCAAUUCGCCAAACGUUUUCUUCUUCUAUUAGAAGCAUAAUGUCUGUGUCCGAUCAAAGCUUCGAGCAGCCAAGAUUGGUCGCCAAGAAAGUCCUGGCAAAGCCCCAGAGCGAGGGAGAAGGUGCUGUUGUUAGACGAAGCAUUGGAAGACCUGAAUUGAAGUCGGUGGAUCCCUUUCUCAUGCUGGAUGAAUUUUCUGUUACACCGCCUGCUGGAUUUCCUGAUCAUCCCCACCGUGGGUUUGAGACUGUUACAUAUGUGUUACAGGGAGGUGUCACACAUCAGGAUUUUGCUGGUCACAAGGGUACAAUUCAUGCCGGUGAAGUGCAGUGGAUGACUGCAGGGAGGGGUAUAGUCCACUCAGAAAUGCCUGCAGGGGAAGGUACUCACACAGGCCUCCAACUGUGGAUCAAUCUCUCAUCCAAGGAUAAGAUGAUUGAACCUAGAUAUCAAGAAUUGCUGAGGGAUGACAUCCCGAGUGCAGAGGAAGACGGUGUUAGAGUUCGAGUUAUUGCAGGGGAGUCCAUGGGGGUUCACUCCCCGGUUUACACGCGAACUCCAACAAUGUACCUUGAUUUCACCCUACAGCCCGACUCUCAGCAUCAUCAGAGGAUCCCGGAGUCAUGGAAUGCGUUUGCAUACAUUAUUGAAGGGGAAGGGGUGUUUGGGACGCCCAACUCGCCUCCCGUGUCAGCCCACCAUAUCUUGGUUUUGGGCCCGGGUGAGGGAAUGAGCGUGUGGAACAAGGCAGCCAAGCCACUGAGGUUUAUCUUUGUGGGCGGUGAGCCACUCGGUGAGCCAGUGGUUCAGCAUGGUCCCUUUGUGAUGAACACGAAAGCCGAAAUCGAGAAGACCAUUGAAGACUACUACUAUGGCAAGAAUGGGUUUGAGAUGGCAAGAAACUGGAGGUCUAAAUGAGUGCUGUUGAAACAACUAAGUCAAACUAAUUAGGUUGUGAAAGUUUCUCUCUGUCACUAGCAAUCUCUAUCUUCACCAACACAUUUUCACACACAUACACAUACACCAUCAUCAUUGAUUUAAGAUUUUAUCAUAGUAAUGUGGACAGAAAGCUUCUAGAAGCUAAGAAAGUAUGCAGCACUGAGAUUCUAUGUUUGAUGGGGUCAGGUUGCUUCUAGAACAUGUUGAUUCUUGUACUAUUAUUAUUUUUUUCUUUUGGUUGUGUAAUUAGUUUUGAGAUUUACUACAAGUUUAUUCUUGUCGGAAUAAGAUCUCCUAAUAAUUGCAUUA